ACUCAGCAGAGCCGCGGCGUUGACUUCAACUAUUCUCGAACUUUCUUCAUGAAGUGAGUCUUAACAAGUAGAAAGAAGUCUGGUCGCUAUUUAGGAUGUUUCUUGGACUUGUGACGUUGGCGCUGCUGACGGCCUGCCGGGCGUCCGAGUACGAGCAGCAUGUGAGCUGGAAGUGGGACUCGUACCAGGGAGGGCGCAGCUACGGCAAGCCGCCGCAGUGCGUGGACAUCCCGGAGGACCUGCGGCUGUGUCACCAGGUGGGCUACGGACAGAUGCUGCUGCCCAACCUGCUGGAGCACGAGAGUCUGGCGGAGGUGAAGCAGCAGGCGAGCAGCUGGGUGCCGCUGGUGCACAAGAGGUGUCACCCGGGCACGCAGCUCUUCCUCUGCUCGCUCUUCGCGCCCGUCUGCCUGGAGACACCCAUCCUGCCCUGCCGCUGGCUGUGCGAGGCCGUGCGGGACGGCUGCAGCCCCAUCAUGGAGGCCUUCGGCUUCCCCUGGCCGGAGAUGCUCACCUGCGACAAGUUUCCUCAAGACGACGUCUGCAUCGCCAUGUCUCAGCCCAACGCCACCCAGCCCACCCCGCACACAGGUUACUCCCCCAUCUGCCCUCCCUGUGACGAUGAAAUGAAAAUAGAUGCCAUGCUGGAGCACAUGUGUGCCAGCGAGUUUGCCUUCAAGACCAAGAUCAAGGAGGUCAAGCGAGAGAACAUGGACCGCAAGGUGAUAUUCCAGAAGAGGAAGAAGAUGUUGAAGGCGGGAAGCUUGAAGAAGAAGGACAUGAAAAAGCUGGUGAUGUACUUGAAGAACGGCGCUGACUGCCCGUGCCAGCAGCUGGACAACCUGGGGAACCAGUAUCUCAUCAUGGGCCGUAAGGUGGACAAACAGUUCCUGCUCACAGGCAUCCACAAGUGGGACAAGACCAGCAAAGAGUUCAAAAAGGCCAUCAAGAAACUGAAGAGCCACAAGUGCCCUGCUUUCGAGAAUGUCUUCAAAUAAGACGACCUCCCGUUCUUUGGUCUCGUCUCCUCUUGCAUAUGAACUUGCACAAACGCCCAAACUUUACUUUUUUAUUGUCUUGUUUAUAGCGAAACAGUGCAUCUUUGUGUUCACAGGUAUCAUUUUAACUGUCCUUUUUACAUUUUACGAGCGAUUGAUGACAUAUUGAAGAGUUAAGUUUCCUUUUUUACCAGCUUUUAAACUGGGGAACUGCACUUGUUUUGGAAUGUUGCCAAUAGUUCAUAAUACUUAUGAGAGACAAGAAGACUAACGAUUUUUUUUCUAUCUAUUAAUCAGACAAGAAGCAAGGAACCAUGCAGAGACAAGAGUUCAAUUUAGCUCAUGAGGAGAACGCAUGGAGCUGCACACUUAGUCACAGUCUCGCCCUACGCUCUAAGGUUCAGCUACCGCGUCCCUCUAUUUAUUCAGGAGUUCCACAGUCAACAUCACUGAGGCCGCCUCUAAAAGGAGUGGUCACAUAUAUCAUGCAAAGCAGGUCCAGGACGCACAAUACGUGACGGAAUGUGCUGGGGGCCUUGUGAUUUCGCCUUGUCUCUGCUUCGUCUGCGUGCUGUCAUCUUAUCUGCGUUGAGGUCCUUGAAGUCCUGGGCUGUUAGCGGGCUAAAACAAAGGUAACAUCUGCGGCUGAGGCCACCCCUCAGACAAGAAGUUUCGUCCUUGCACAGAUACAAAAGUCAAACCUGAGCACAAUAGCUAAUAACUACAGCAACGGACUUGUUGUGUAAUAAUAUAUAUACAUGAUUAUUCUAACACUUUCUAACAUAAAAAUCGUCUCGUUUUAGGUGGGUAGCAAUGCAGCUAAUGGGAACAAUCAUUUCUACCUCUAAAUCACUUAAAAAAAAAAAAUCAAAUACCCCCAACAAUAUUUAAUUUACAUUACGUAACCUGUAUAAUAACCAAUCUGUAGCAACAUUGUUAUUGUAAGAGCAAACACUGAGGAACUCUUUCUCUAGCGUAGUAACACAUUUAAAGUUAAAGUUAAAGUACCAAUGAUUGUCACUCUGUCAGGUUUAAACACUGAUGACAUCUAUGAAACAGGCGAGAAGCAAGGAAUCAAGCAAAGACAGAGUUACAUUUUUCUCAAUCGAGGAGACACGUUUUUUGGGCUGUAUUCUAGUUACAGAUCCAAACUACGUUCUAAAGUCCAGCCCAUGUGCUUCCUCUAUUUAUUUGGGAGGUCCCUGGUUACAUCACUGAAGCUGUCGCUGAGGAAAGGGGGUAAUCUCGACAGCUCCGGUUAGACACAAUAUAUGAUUAUACAAGAAAUGCAAAUGUGUUGACACUGGUGAUAUCGCCUUGUCUCUGCUCUGUCAGCGUCACGGCGGUGUUUGGCCUUGGCAGUCAGCAGGCCGUUCCUGGACACCGACACUGAUACGAGACUGGCUUGCAAUCUUUUGGAUUUCCAGCUUUGCACAGACAAAGAAAAAUACCACUUCAGCACAAUUGAUAAUAACUAUAGCAACGGCCCUUAAGCAUAAGAGUUGUGUGAUUAUAUAUACAUAAUUAUUCUAACACACACACACACUGGGUGUGGGGACAUUUGUCCUCUGCAUUUGACUCAUCCCCUUGCUCACCGCCUGGGAGGUGAGGGGAGCGUGAGCAGCGGCGGUGGCCGCGCCCGGGAAUCACUUUGGUGAUUUAACCCCCAAUUCCAACCCUUGAUGCUGAGUGCCAUGCAGGGAGGUAAUGGGUCCCAUUUUUUUUAUAGUCUUUGGUAUGAUUCGGCCGGGCUUUGAACUCACAACCUACCGAUCUCAGGGCACUAGGCCACACCAUGC